AUUCUGUUAAACUUUAUGCAGCAUCUGUUCAGUACUCAAGGUCUCCUGGACAAUAAACUUAACAGGUGGGAUGUGGGCGUUUCUGGUAUUGGCAUGCUUAAUCCAGCAGACUACAAAUUCAGAAGACUCUUUCAGUAGAAGACAUUUGAAUCCUGAAGGAUUCAUGACAAUCCCUGAAAUCACCCAAUAUUGGGGGUAUCCCAGUGAAGAAUAUCAAGUUCUGACUGAUGAUGGCUAUUAUCUUCAGUUAAUCAGAAUUCCUUAUGGAAAACACUGUCCCCAGCAUAAAGGGCCCAGACCAGCUGUUUUAUUGGUACAUGGUUUUCUGUUGGAAGGGAGAUGUUGGAUUGCAAAUCUUCCUAGCAACAGCCUGGGAUUUUUUCUAGCAGAUGCUGGCUAUGAUGUCUGGAUAAUAAAUCUCAGAGGGACCACAUGGUCUAGGAGACACAAGGAAUUUUCAAUUUACCAGCAAAAGUUCUGGAAUUUCAGUUUUCAUGAAAUGGCAAUUUAUGAUAUACCAGCAACAAUAAAUUUCAUCCUACAUAAAACAAAACAAGACUCCUUAUAUUAUGUUGGCCAUUCCCAAGGAGCAACAAUAGGUUUUGUGGCUUUUGCGAUCCUGCCCUGCCUCACUGAUAGAGUGAAGCUCUUCAUAAGCCUUACACCUGCUUACUCCUUGAAAGGUGUUUCUGGGACGUUUGGUGUACUUGGAAGAAUUCCACAAAGAUUGAGAGAAGUAG